AUUUUAUAGCUGAACGAAGCUGAUUUUAUAUGAGCACCCACAAUUUCAUCCCUAAAAAUCGAGUCUGGUAUCUAUGUCUCUCUCUUAUAGAUACUGCCCAUGAAACCACAAAGAGACUUAUGUAGAAGUAUUAUAACUUAGGUGUCAGCAGUAUACCUAUUGGAAGCUGACCGCUUCCCCUUCCUUCCUUUUGUUUCCCUCCAACCUCAUUCCUGAUCAAACCUGCCAUCUUUGAGCGGCUGCGCUUGACAGUCUUUUUGAUGAUCACCUCACCUUGGUCUGAAACUGUGGUUUUAGACUCAAUAUCACCAGUCCCUAUGCAACAUUCAAGCACGGAAAUGGAGUUGACAAUGCCUUGUUCGCAGGCGCAGGUCCACUCACAUAUUGAGUGUCAUGAAGCUGUGCAAAUGGAAGCUUUCCCCAUCAGCAACUUAGAUGCAUAUAACUGGAAAGAACUUGAGAACAGAUUCUACAAGGCCAUGGAGCAACACAAAGAAGCAGAAGAUGCCCUCCAGAACCAUAUCUUGAGAAUGCUAGAGAUUUUCAUGGCAUGGUCUCAAACCACUAUUACCCGCGACGAAACAAGAGCCUUCAAAAGAUUCAAGACCCAGAUGCAACAUGUUCAGAAUUCCGAAGCGAGCUUGGAGAAGAAGAAGCGGCAUUAUACCGAUGUUGUCAAGGCAUUUGAGAGUGCUCUCGCAUUGCUGGACGACCGUCUUUAGACAUGCACAUGGCCACAAAAUCGAGCCCGGUCGUUUGGAUCACACUCCUGUUCCUGCUUUGCUAAUUGCCCAGCAAUGGUGGGCCAUCCUUGUGGGCGACCCAAGAGAAUCUAGCCAUAUGAUGUUACGAAUAAGUGUCACUGCUGCUCGGCUUUCUGAUGACUGGGUUGAGCUCUUGCUUGGAACGAGAUACACAAGCAUUGUUAUCCUAAAUUUCUGCUGCCAUCCUGCCUGUCCAUCCUUCGUACAGUGUCAUCCAACCCAGUAUUGCCACGCCUUCCGGUGCUCGCUAGGAGAUUCUCCUCCUCGGCUACUUCGGCUUCCUCGGUAAGUAAAAGCUCGUCUUGUCGUGGUGAGCGAAUGAUGAACGUGA